CUGGGAGUGGACCGAGUGGUGAUCUAUAACACCAGCUCCGGCCCAGAUCUCACCCCCAUUCUACAGAGUUACAGUGAAGAGGGUUUUGUAGAAAUAGUUCCAUGGCCCAUCACAGAACAUCUAAAUCCAUCUCCUGGGUGGCUCUUUUCAGAGCAUGGAGGGGAUAUCCACUACUACGGGCAGCUCGCUACACUUAACGAGUGUAUUUACAGAUCUAUGGAGCGCUCACGCUUUGUGCUGUUAAAUGACAUAGACGAGAUCAUUAUGCCAUACCAACAUGAAAACCUGAUGUCUCUGAUGAACGUGCUGCAGCCACAGUAUCCAAAUGUAGGAGAAUUCCUCAUUAAGAAUCACAUCUUUCCCAGGAUGCGGUUUGAGCCAAGUGGGACGUUUCAUCGGCCUCAGUGGAAUGACGUACCAGGCAUCAAUAUCCUGGAGCACAUCUAUAGGGAAGAACCUGACGUUAAUAUAUAUAAUCCACACAAAAUCAUAAUUCAGCCAAGGUUGGUGAUACAGACUUCAGUGCAUGUGGUGCUCCAGCAAUAUGGACAAAGGUACAUGGUUCCUCCAGAAGUCUGUCGAAUCAUUAACAUUUCUAAUUCCAACCGAAAGUUAACUCUGGAUCAGUACCACGUGGACAAGCGACUCUGGGACUUCUCAGAAAAACUGAUUCCAAAUGUGGACAAGGUUCUGAGGAGAGCGGGGCUGUUGACGUAGGUGUCAGCAGAGCUGGAGGGACCCUCCUGGAGAGGACAUUCACAGGCUGAAGCCAACAGUGAAGGUGGACUGCCAGUGGGAACAUUUGUGUCAAAG